AUGCCACACUCAGAUCAAGCACCUUCCAAUAAAAAGACUUUGAGAACUUCAUUUCUUCCGACUGUUUUACCUUCAUCAGUCACAUCUGAUAUGUCACCACUACAGAAUAAACUAUUGACAUACCGAAGAUGCAAUGAACAGCAAAAGUUGCUUAUUCAGUUACUAAUUGAUCGAGCUUUAAAAGUCUAUCAUAUCUCCAUGGAAGAAAAAUAUCACAGAGAUCCUGUACCCCCUAUUCCAGAACUGCCUUCUACUAUGAACAGUGAGCAAAAACAACGAAGAACAAACUAUCUCUUUAUGAAGAAGUGUGUGCAAAGUAACCCGGUGGUUCCCAUUCAGCAGCAGUGGCUAAUGUCCAUGCUUACACUGGUGCCACAGUCACUCAUGGAAGGCAAAGAUAGAGAGCUGUUAGCUGAAAAGCUUUUAGAGGAAAUAAUAAGGGAUUAUGAAAUGAGCAUGAGAAGAUGUGUGGUGCAAAAUGUUCUUAUUAAACCAGACAUAAAAGGACUUGAAGAUGAAGAGGAGGCACCUUUGCCUUUAUCACCAGUUGGCCUGGAUUUUUCUAGACCAUGGCAUGACAGUUUUAUCCAAGCAAAAACUCAAAUCCUUUCCAACUUGCACAUUCUCCACCCCACAAUGAAAACUCUACUGGAUUUUGGUUAUGCAGCAUUCUCUAACUUUCUUAUAGUGGAUUUCUCAAGUUUCAGAUUGAAAGGGCCAAUUGACUGUGAAUCUUUAAAAACUGAUGUCUCUCUAAGCUGUUCUAAAGCAGAAGAGAAGAUAUUGAAUACGUGGUAUCAAAGGGUUAUCAGUCUCUUUACUCAGAAGGGGUCAUUGAAUGGUGUAAAGUUGGAUCAGGUUGACCCUUUUUAUAACUGUGUGGCUACACUUAUGUCUAAUCAGCUGAAAGAGUUAUUGAGAAGAACAGUUGCAGCUUUUGUGAAACUUUUUGAUCCUGAAGACCGAAAUUCUCUACCUUUAUUUAAGAUGGAAUUGAUUCUUGAUGAAAAGAAAAUGGAGUUUUAUCCAAGCUUCCAAGACCUAGAAGAAGCAAUUCUCUUUAUAGUAAAUCGUGUAGGACAGACUCUCCAGAACGUCCAGACGGUACGUUCUUGGCUAAUGGGAGGCACUACAACUCUGGACACUGAGCUUCCUAAUCAUGUCAUAGGAUGGGCCACAUCUACACUGAAAAAAUCGAUCAGAGACAACUUAGAAGGUCCAAAGGAAUAUUUUGAAAACUAUG